AUGAAGGCUGUUUACGCUGCGUUGGCCUUGGCCGCCUCGGUCAUGGCAGGCAAAGACCACGAGUCCGUUGUCACCGCCACCACCUACGAGACAACUACUGUCUGCCCGAUCACCAACACAAUCACCUACGGAGGAUCGACCUACGAGGAGACUACCUACACCACCUCAACCGUAGUUGUUACCUCCUGCGCGGGAGGUAACUGCGGAGGCGAGGCCACCGUGACUGCUCCUGAUACUACCGUUGGCACUACCACUGCCGUCGAGGUUACUUACACGACCACGUGCCCUGUCACAGAGACAGUCACCGCCCCUGGAAAGACCUACGUUACAACAUAUACCACGACUAGUGUAGCAGUCACCUAUAUCGACACUACUUUCGUUGAGACAGUAACCGGACCCGGUGCCACAAAGACAACGGAGGACGUUGCUUACACUACUCUGACUUCGUUAUGCCCUGUUGUUGAGACUAAGACUCUAGAGGGUUCCACGGUCGUCGUUACAUGGACCUCGACCUCGACCAUCAAGACCGCAGUACCCACCACCGCUACUGCGUACACUUCCUACACCGUUACUGAGCACGUUUCUACUGAAGUUUUCGAGACUGUCACCUGCCCGGAGACUGUCCACACCACCGUCUCCGAAGGUAGCACUAUCUACGUUACUGAGACUGGUACUGAGACGCUCUACACCACUAAGGAGUACACCGUCACACAGACCCUCCCUGUCACCAAGACUAAGGAGAUUGAUGUGACCGUUACCUCGGAGGCUACUGCGGGCGAGACCGUCACCGCCAGCCCGACCGUUUGGAUUACUUACAGCGAUACCACCAUCGUCACCAAGUCCAAGUCCGCCACGACUGUGCCUUACCCUACCACAGUCUCUGUCCCCGCCUCCAGCAGCGCUGCUACUAGCGCAGCCGGCACGACAUACGUCCCUUCUGCCCCUGCUUCUUCCUCCACCGGCGUUCCCCAGGUCCCCUCCAGCGCCCUCGCGCCCCAGGCUACCCCUGUCGCUGCCGUCUUGGCUUUCGCCGGUCUCGCAGUCCUGCUAUAA